AUGGAGAAUUUCAGAUCCAUGUCCUGCAGAGAUGGGAGGAUCUCAACCGACUUCGCCUACGAAAACCAGCCGGCGCCACCAGGGCCAAGAAACAUGCAAGGGCUGAGGUCUUACAGUGUAAGCCAUGGAGCAAGACAACAACCCAAUGAAGAAGUGAAGGCCAAGAAGCAAGAACAUGUUGAAGUUGUUGGUUCAAGAAGCUGGGGGAAGAUGAAUUUUGAUCCGGAGCUCCAGAGGAAGAAGAGGGUUGUUAGCUACAAAGCUUAUGCAAUGGAAGGCAAGAUGAAAGGGUCAUUGAAGAAGAGUUUCAGAUGGAUUAAAGAUGCCUGCAAUCAAGUUGUUCAUGGAUGGAAGUGA